AAUAAUUUUCUUUUUAACUCUUGACUAUUUCUCGCACCCACGCGCGUUUCCGCUCCUCUAACUUUCGUUCAGUUAUGCCUUCAGAAGUUGUUUUUGUCGAGUCGUGUCAUGACAAAACUCCUAUUGAAACCAAAAUCACUUUCCAUGGCAAUAGCGGAAAUGGCGGUGACACUGCACCUGCCGUUAUUUUAGCCCAUCCCUACGGGCCGCUUGGUAAAUAAUGCAGGAACAAAAGGAAGAUUGUACUUCAGCCGAGAACAACCAACGUUAAUGUGCGGAUCAUUGCAUCAAUCUACUAUAACUACAAGGCGGUAACAUGCAUAACAAUGUGGUUAUUGCGUUACAUAAGUAUUUUGCCAGCAAGGGUUUUAUUACUGCGUGCAUUAACUUUAGAGGAUGCGGACGUUCCAAAGGCCGAACAAGUUGGACUGGUGUGCCCGAACGUGGAGAUUAUGAAGGAGUUAUACAGUAUAUAAAAACUUCAGGACCACGUAAACUCUCACAUUUACUUAUAAGCGGCUACUCUUUCGGAAGCAUGAUAGCAGCAUCCAUGCCACAUGACAAUCUUAUCCCUUGUUCCUAUCUAUUGAUCAGCUAUCCCCUAAGUGUCCAAUGGGCGCUUGCUACCGUACGAAGUUCGUUUUUCACAGAGCAAGCCAAUCAGUUGCUACUGACAGCGACAAGCGAUUGCAAAGUACUUCUUUUAUACGGUGACCAUGACCAGUUCACAGGCGUGCGGUCGUACCAAAACUGGAUCAAGAAUGCAGGAAAGCACGUGGAGUCUGUAAUGAUCCCCGGUGCAGAUCAUUUCUGGUUUGAAUUUGAAAACGCAUUAGUAGAGAAAGUUGAUGGCUGAAAACAAGAAAGUUUUUUUAUGUACACAAAAAGAAUGGAGGGAAAAGUGGAUGUAAGUGUGUUUUUGUUGGAUG